GUAAUGCUUCUGUAAAUAGAUCAUAUUGUAAUCGCGUUUCAGUUCCGCGCGCUCGGUGUCUGCUCGAGGAGCGUCGCUCGUCUCGGUCCGCGCGCGCCUUCAGGCUCUUCAGGUCUCAGUGAUGAACACUGAUCAGGACGGGCCAUAUGUAUGCACUGCUCCCGGAUGCACUCAGCGCUUCCAAAGAGAAGAUCAUCUCCUCAUACACAGGCACAAGCAUGAGAUGACCCUCAAAUUCUCUUCCAUUAAGUGUGACAACACACUGUCAGAUCAGACUCCGACUCCAACACGCUUCCUGAGGAACUGCGAGGAGGUUGGACUCUUCAGUGACCUGGAGCUCAAUCAGGCAUCAGACGAAGACGAAGAGGAAUCAGAACAGAACUUUUCAGUACAGGGUUCAUCGCGAGAGAGCGGGCAUCAUGGCUCCCAGCAACAGCAGUGUGCCGUGGCUCAGUUCCACACAAAUCUCCACACACACACCUCUCACUCUUCAUCUCACUGCUCUAUGGAACGACACACCACCCAUAGCACCACCAACACACAGUCAGGUGCCAGUUGUCUUCACAACCAGCAGCGAAACCCUGCAGCCUGCGCCAUGCAAGCAGCCCCCAGUGUGCGUAUGAACACACAGUUACCGAUGGACCCCAGCAUGACGGAUAUACCAGGCCCUACUCACUCCAGAUCAUGCCCCACACCCCAGAGGUCAAAGGUCAUGUCAUGCCAGACUCACCCAAUGGCGUCCAAUGGGAACCAGAACACCAUGGGUCACAUGAUGGAGAUGAUGUCACCACAGCAUGCGAGGAUGGGGCUGCCUCUGACGCACAUGCCAGCAUCGCCUCAUCAAUCGUAUCAGCAGCACGGCCUCAGCCAAUCACAGCAUAGACACACCCAUCAGCAUCAAAGUCAAGAGCAGUCUCCUCACAGCUGUGCUCACCAUUCGCCCCCUGCACACCUGCACCCGGGCCCUGCUCAACCGCCAGCCAAACACCUGACACGUCAACCAAUCCCUGCACAGACAUCUCCAGUUCCCAAAACCAUGACGUGUGCAGAAUCUCCUCUCCAGACAAGCGGAGGGAAACGCAGACGGACAGCAGACGACGAUCCAGAUGAGCGCAGGCGCAAGUUUCUGGAAAGGAACAGAGCAGCAGCGUCACGCUGCAGACAGAAGAGGAAAGUCUGGGUGACGUCACUGGAAAAGAAGGCAGAGGAGCUUACACACACAAAUCUGCAGCUACAGAACGAAGUAACACUACUCAAAUCAGAGGUCAUUCAACUGAAGCAGCUUCUGCUGGCGCAUAAAGACUGCCCUGUUACUGUGAGACAACGAGAAACACAAGUUGGGAGCCCAACAGGAAGUCCCCUCCAGACGCAAAACAUCCAACACAACAGCAUCUCGUCCUCAGUGGCGCACACACACCUCACCACGCGCUCGCAUUCUGCAUCCUAAAGCCAGUCUGAACACACACACACACAUACACACACACACACACACACAUACACGUUCGAGCCACUGAUACAUUUCUUCAAUCAAACGGCUGUAGUAUAUAAUUCAAUAAUUAUUAUGAAUCUCAGAACGUGUUCUUGUUCUCUCAGUAUAUCGCCUGAUUCCAUCCAUACGAUUCAUCUCAGUUAGCGAUGUCAAUCAGACUGAUAACGAACCAGAUGUGUGACCGAUUCGAGGCAGCGCUUCAGCUGAACGUUAGGACGCUGGAUCCUCUCGCCUCUCACUGUGACGGACUGGAAGAAGCCGACUGGACAAGCUCGUACUCGCGUCACGCCGCCUUAUUCCUGUCGUUCUGACCCUUUCGGCCAGGUGGUAUCUCCUCAGGAAUGUUCACCUCUGGCAGUAUUUGCGUUCCAGUAUGUUUCUUGUGUUUUUCGAGCACUUUGUUUUCCUCUGCCUCAGCAGCUGAAAUGCCAGAUGAGAACACGAUUCAGUACACGAUUUUGUACUUUAUCAAUCAGGGUUCUGUACGAUAGUGUAAAUAGAAACGGAUAGUUUUGUAUGUCUUUGGAUUGCAACCGCACCUUCUGCUCUGCUCUGCACAUUUCUGCUCUUUUACUUACAAUUGUAACUGCUUUAUUAACCACGUUUAAUCCAUUAUACUGUAUAUGAGGAAUGAUCCUGAUGAUUCAUAACAUACUACCCACGAAGACGUUUAUAAUCUCCAGUAUUUUUCACGUGAACACAGACUGCACAGAUGGUAUAGAUUAUAAGGGAUAGAAUUUUUUUUUUUUUGAAGUACCUUAUUUCCCACUGACAAUCACAUUUCAUUAGCGAGCGGAUAAUAAAAUCUCGACAUUGUGCUAUUACUGUAUGUUCACGCAUAUACGUGCAGCGCAGUGCAGUGUUAGAAAACGUCUACCGUUGAAAAACAUCGGGGAAAUAACUCUGUACAGUUUUCCAAAAACGAAAAAAAAAUCCAUAUUUCUUUAUUUUUGUAACUAACAAACGUUAUGGCUAUUUCUAAUUAAAAGAACUUGAGCUGCA